AUGAGGCUGACAUCUGGUUUCACCCGAAAAGAGGCGUGCACCUGUGGAAGCUCUGAGAAGGCCCGAUGGCUCAGUGUGUCUCUUUCACCCUUGCAGUACGCCACCACGGGCUGCUCCCUGACCCUGCACCACACGGAGAAGCCGGAACACGAAGACAUCUGCGAGUACCGGCCCUACUCCUGCCCUUGUCCCGGCGCUUCCUGCAAGUGGCAGGGGUCCCUGGAGGCCGUGAUGUCUCAUCUCAUGCACGCCCACAAGAGCAUCACCACCCUCCAGGGAGAGGACAUCGUCUUCCUAGCCACAGACAUUAACCUGCCAGGGGCUGUCGACUGGGUGAUGAUGCAGUCGUGUUUCGGCCAUCACUUCAUGCUGGUGCUGGAGAAACAGGAGAAGUAUGAAGGCCACCAGCAGUUCUUCGCCAUCGUCCUGCUCAUCGGCACCCGCAAGCAGGCCGAGAACUUUGCCUACAGGCUGGAGCUGAACGGGAACCGGCGGAGACUGACCUGGGAGGCCACGCCGCGGUCCAUCCACGACGGCGUGGCCGCAGCCAUCCUGAACAGUGACUGCCUUGUUUUUGACACAGCCAUAGCACACCUUUUUGCGGAUAAUGGGAACCUUGGAAUCAAUGUGACUAUUUCUACGUGUUGUCCAUGAUGCCCUGAAAUCAUUUGGGCAUCGUGCUCUCUGGUUAAUAAAGGUUUUUACAGAUGUUUUAUUCA